GAUUCAACGCGUAACAGGUGUGAGUAACGGAUUAACACGAAUACGAAAAUUAACGAAUAUGUCGCGUCAUAUCCUUUGGGGUUUGGCGCUAGCACUUUUAGUGCUAACUAAUAGUUCGAGUGCGACGGAGUUAACGGAUAACACAGCAUUGGGCAUUUCUCCUUUGAGAAGUGAUUUAGCAUUUCAAUUUUACAAUUUGGGUUCUCAAUAUCUAACUGGAGCACAGAAAAUUAUACCAAACGUCAGCGAAAAAUGCUCAAUCGACAUAAUAAGAAUAGCAGAAGGCGUCAAAAAAAUUGAAGAAUGGGCUCUUGAAUUUCCUGACUCAUGGGGUCGUGCGCCAAUGGGUCUUAUGUGGGGUCACACUUCCAGUUUUGGUCAAUAUGAGGAAUGCAUUGCUGCCACAAGAACAUAUUACUUAUCAGACGAUAAAGAAGAGACUGUUGAUGGACAAUACUGUUUAGCUAAGGUACCAAUUCACAAGUUCAUGGAGGAUAUGGUCAAACGUAAUGAGACAACUGGUACAAUGAAAAUUUCUUACAAAUACAGCUUACCCAAAAUUUUUGAGUUGGGUGUAUGCGUACCAAAAACUUGUACUGUAGAUGACACAAAUGAAAUUCUUAAACAAGUCUUACGUGCUUAUAUUCCUGAUAAAUACGAUAUCAACGAUAAUACAAAAAUGAUUGAAGAAGGACGUUGCGACUAUAAAAAACCAGUUGAACUACGAGGAAUAGAUAUAUUUGCAAUCUGUUUCUUUGCAAUCAUUAUAUUUAUAAUGUUAGUCAGCAGCAUCUACGAUUAUGUACAGACAGAGAAAAAACAACCAAAGAAACCUCUAUUUAUUGCAUUCUCUGUACUAACUAAUGCGCCAAAGAUUUUCACUGUUAAAAGAGUAAAUAAUCCAAACGUUAUACACUGUCUGAAUGGCUUGCGCGUAUUCUCAAUGAUGUGGGUUGUGUUUGGUCACGGUUAUAUGACAUUCAUGGAACUCCCUCAUAUAAAUAAAGACAAAAUCUACACGUGGUAUGAAACUCCCUAUUCAAUGUUGGUUCAAAAUGCCACUCUUUGCGUGGACACAUUCUUCUUUAUGUCCGGUUUGCUUAUGUUAUGGGGUGCCUUCCGUGAAAUGGAGAGAACUAAGGGAAAAUUGGACAUAAAAAUGAUGUACUUCCAUCGUUAUAUACGUUUAACUCCAGUGUUGGCCGUAGUUAUACUUUACAUCAUGUCUUUAUACAAAUACUCUGGCGCUGGUCCAAUGUGGAUGAAAAUAGGUACACAAGACAAGCGUUGCGAAGAUUCCUGGUGGGCUUCACUACUUUACGUACAGAACUAUGCAUAUCCAUACCAUAUUUGCGUAAGUCAAUCUUGGUAUCUUGCUGUUGACACACAGUUGUAUGUGCUAUCACCUCUCUUCCUUAUUCCACUGUGGAAAUGGGGUAAAAAAGCUGUAAUACCAAUCGGAAUAUUCUGGGUACUCUGUAUGGGUUGCACAUUUGCUACCUUUAUGGUAAAUGACUUUACACUCUUCCGAAUUAGAGACGAUCAUGUCGACAUGCGACAAGCUAAGACCUACUAUCCAACACAUACACGUAUACCUACAUGGCUUAUUGGUAUGCUCUUUGGGUAUUUCUUAUAUACCAAAAAUCGUGGCAAACAAAUACCAUUAGGCAAGGGUUGGGUAUUAUUCGGCUGGAUCAGUUCAUUUAUAAUUAUGCUGGCUUGCUUAUGGGGUCCAUAUUGGCGUAUUUUGCCCAGCACACCAGAAUCACCAAUUAUUGAAGGCGCUUUUUAUGAACCCUUCAGUCGCACUGCUUGGGCACUUUGCAUUGGUUGGAUUGUUUGGGCUUGCUACAAUGGUCAUGGCGGCAUUAUUAAUGAUUUCUUAUCUUGGGGAUUCUUCACAGGCUUCAGUCGUUUGUGUUAUUGCAUGUAUGUCAUACACAGAAUUGUACAAUUAGUAAAUGGUGGACGCAUUCAACACGACACCCAUUUCGGUGAUUAUGACAUGAUCUUGAGAUGGUGGCAUGAUUUUGGUAUUGCACUAACAGCAUCAAUAUUUGCUACCCUCGCAUUCGAAGCUCCAAUCCUUGGCAUUGAGAAGGCAAUUUUUGGACGCGGAGAUGUUAAACCAGCACCUAAGAAAAUUGAGCCAACCAGCGCAGCUCCUGCAGUCGAAACUCCAGUUACAACUGCCGCGGUGAUAGAAACCCCUGUACCAGAGGGACCUGCAAAGGUUUAAACAUCUUACUCAAUGCAACUCGACUAUGAUGACUAAUUUAAGAAAAUAAGUGUAUUCAUUAAACUUAAGAUAUUCAUUGUUGUAAAAGUGAUACAUACAAUUAUUAAGUUAAGAUAAAAAAAUAAAUUUUACGUAGUAAAUAAAAAAUCCUUAU